AUGGCCUGGGUCCCGAAGCCCGCGCCAGGGGCGGCGCCAGUGCAGGUUGGGCAGCGGCUGCUGAUCAAGGAGCACCGGGGUGGGCUCGCGCGCCAGCAGCACCGCCACGUUGGAAAAGCCGGGCUGCGCGGUGAGCGCGAAGCUGCGGCUGAACGCGUCCACCGCAGGCAGGAGAGCGAAGAAGGGGUCGUAGGCGACGCCCCCGCGUGCCGCAGCGGCAGCCAGGAAGAGCACCUGCAGGCCGGCGGAGGAGCGCAGCACCAGGGGGCGCACUGGGUCCACCGCGAAGUGCAGCACGGUUCCGAGGCGCAGAGCCCGCGCCCCUUUGGCGCCGCCCCCCCAGAAGCUCAGGCUGCCCAGGCUGUCCGCCACCACGCAACUGUGGCCAGCCAGCAGCGCGACGGGACGAGUGGCCACGACGCGGGUGCCCGAGAGGUCGCCUGCGCUCUGCACCUGCAAGGCCUGGAACGGGUCGAGGUGCACGAGGAGGGGCCGGCCGGCAGCAUGCUCGACGCCAUCCAGCAGGAUGGGCACCGGAGGCGUGAGGCUCAGGCGCGUGGGCCAAGCGCCGGCCACCACCGCAAACUCCUUGUGCCGAUCGCUGGGCUGCAGCGACGGCGUCACCACCACGUAGCGAGUACCCAGCAGGCGGCGCGGAAGCGCUAGCGCCGUGUCUAGGGAUGUGCGCCCACGCGCGUUCACCACUGUCACGCCCACCGGUCGCGACGCCGCUAAGCGCACGGCGCCCCCCGCCGCCCGCCGCGAGCCCCGCAGCUCCACAGCGCUGGGCAGGCGCACCCACGCGGUAGUGCCUGGCAGCAGGUUCAGCGCGCGCCGAAAAGGCGGUUCCCCCACCGGGUGCGCCCUCACUUGCACCGCCGUGGGGGGCCCCUUCGGCGGUGGCGACACGUACAGGCGGAAGUCGGGCUUCUCAGCGCCUCCAUUCUCCAAGAAAGCCGUGAUGAAGUAACGGCCCUGGAAUUCCACAAAUGCAGCCGUUGGGCCUGAGGGAACCCGAGGGGAAAGGAGGGAGUCAGCAUAAUCUGCUAGAUUUUGAGGUCAAAUGCUCUAA